GACCUCAGAGGCAUUGCUCUUUUCUGAUUGAUUCAGUAAAGGAGGAAGCGUGUUGGGGAAGGUGGCAAUAAAAGGCGCUGAAUAAUUAUAACGUUGAAAUAUCAUGAAUUGAUCCGAAAUUUAUGAUUUUAAUUUAGGGAAAAGAGAACUCUGGAUGCAUUUGAAGAAAGAACUCAUUUUAACAGGGGGUGGUGACUGAUACUACUAUCUGCAGCUGUUAAUAUGUCAAGUACCUCUCCCGGAAGGCAGAAACGCCAGGAGGAAAUUCAGAAAGGCCUGCAUUUUAUUCAAUCUCCCUUGCCUUAUCCAGGAACUCAAGAUGAAUAUGAGACUUUUCUGCACCAGCUGGUUAAAAACCUACUGGAGGAAGGGAACGGCCUGUACAGAGAAAGUGAUUAUAAACUAGCCCUGGCCCAGUAUGUAGAAGCUUUGAACGUAGCGCAGUAUGCAGAAUCAGAUGAGGUGGUAAUCUCGCAGCGUCUGCUCGAGAAGCUGUAUGUUAAUAGAGCUGCCUGCUACUUUAGUAUGGGUAUGUACGAGAAAGCUUUGGAAGACUGUGAGAGCACACUAAAGCUCAAUGAAACUAACUAUCGGGCACUUUAUCGGAAAACACAAGCUCUCAAUGCGUUAGGAAGGCAUAAAGAAGCUUAUGAAUGCAUUGCUAAGUGCUCCUUUGCUGUUCCACAGGAUGAAAAUGUCGUGAAAUUGACACAAGAACUGGCGCAGAAACUGGGGCUAAGGAUCCGUAAAGCAUAUAUCAGAGCUCAGCAAGGCAUAGAUACAGUGGGCCUGACAGAGACUGGCCACUCAGUGAACAGUAGCCAGGUCUCCAUAAAUGGCACAAGUGGCAUUGAUGAUAUAGAAUCAGGUUCACCUUUGGAGCUCCCACGUAUCCCUGUUCCAGCCACUAUUCCUGCACCAGUCAGUGAAGUUUCAGUCCCCAUUUCAUCAGUUUCUGUUAGUAUCCAGCAAUCACAGACACAUCCUACUCUACUGAAAACCCCUGUUGGUGAUGGGGUCUCUCUCUCAGUGCCUGAAACCACAGAGGAAUUUCCAGAUGAGGAAAUAAUUGGAGAAGAACUGGACACAUUGUUGGAUUCCAUUGGGGAGGCAAAUGAUUUUCCCAUGACCUCAGUGGCUGGGACUGUUCCGACAAACCUACCCAGUGACAUGCCGCGUUUACUUCCCAUCUUUCGCACCGGUAGCCCGGUCCUCCCAUCUGCCCUGAAGGGGAACAUUGGCUCAAAGGUUUCACUCCCAUCAGCCUAUCCAAUGCUUUCUGUCCAGAAGAUGGACUCCCUGGAUAGCAUCGUUCCGAACACAAUCGUAAAUAGUUUGGAUUCUUUGGACCUACUCCCUGCAACAGAAUCUCGGCCUGCUUCAAGACCAAUGACACCAAACAGCAAUCAAAGUAUCUCCAGCAGCUUUGCACUGGGUAAGCAAUCCAACAGCCUGUCCUCCUUGAGCAGUUCCUCAACAUACCUUGGAGCAGUGCGAGGAGACAGUGGGUCGUUCUUGUCAUCAUCAUCGCCACUGACGAAGAACCCACUCAGUGACACACAUGACCUGCGCCAGGCUUGCGCCAGCUGCUUCGUUAAAAUAGGCGUUAAAGCAUUAGAUUAUAAUUAUAACCCUGACCUGGAUCACAAGUGUGGAAAAGAUAUAUUGAUUGGAAGAUUGAAGAGUUCAAGAGACACACGGUGGAAGAAAAUCAGGCCUCGGCCUACCAAGAAUAAUUAUGGGGGGCCGUACUACAUUUGUAAAGAUAUUGCAAGUAAAGAAGAUUGCAAAUAUGGGGACCAGUGUACAUUUGCUUAUUGUCAAGAGGAGAUAGAUGUUUGGACUCUGGAACGUAAAGGAGCCAUAAACCGCGAGCUACUCUUCGAUCCACUGGGAGGUGACACGAGAGGCAGCCUCACAGUAGCUAAACUGCUGAAGGAACAUCUUGGCUGCUUUAUGUUCCUUUGUGAGGAAUGUUUUGACAGUAAACCCAGAUUGAUAAGCAAGAAAGCUAAGGACAGCACAUCACUCUGCUCUAAUCCAGAUGCUAAGCACAACUUUGAAGAUAAUAAGUGCUUGGUCCACAUGCUGUGUGGCACAACAGUGAAGUACUCCAAGAUCCGGCAGUACCAGGACCACUGCCAGUUCGAUGUGUGCCGACACGAGGUACGUUAUGGGUGUCUACGGGAGGACAGCUGUAACUUCGCGCACAGUCUCAUCGAGCUGAAGGUCUGGGUGAUGCAACAGAGUUCAGAGAUCACGCACGAAGAGAUUGUGCAGGAGUCCACGCAACACUGCCUGAAUGUGGAAGCUAGUGCGAGUCGAGCACAGGUGCCAUCUGGAGCUGGCAAGGCAGCCUCGCUGGGCAUGAAGAUGAAAUUUGUUUGCAGCCAGUGUUGGAGGAAUGGGCAGGUCGUUGAACCAGACAAGAACCUCAAGUAUUGCAGUGCUAAAAUACGACAUGGAUGGACUAAGGAGCGGCGAGUAAUGCUGGUGAUGUCGAGUGAGCGGAAGAAGUGGGUUGCUAUCCGCCCAUUGCCUUCCUGCAGGAACAUCCCACAGCAGUAUGAUUUGUGUACACAUGUUGCCAAGGGGAAGAAAUGCCAGUAUGUUGGAAACUGCUCGUUUGCCCACAGUCUUGAGGAGCUUGAUGUCUGGACAUACAUGAAGGAAACUAAAAUGUAUGACAUGCAGCAGGUGUAUGAGAUGUGGCUGAAGAACCAGAAGCCAAUGAUGACUGGGGAGCCCACUGAGUUCAGCACUAAGCAGAGUGAGAAGCAGAUCCACAUGCCCACUGACUACGCCGACGUGGGGCAAAUUGGCUACCACUGCUGGCUUUGUGGGAAAAACAGCAACAGUGAGAAGCAGUGGGCGAAACACAUCACGUCGGAAAAACACAAAGACAAGGUGUUCAAUUCCGAGGAUGAUCAGAACUGCUGGCAACAUCGUUUCCCUAUGGGAGAGUUUAAACUGUGUGAGAGACAAAGGAAGAAAUCCUGUCCUGAUGGUGAUCAAUGUCAAUUUGCCCACAGCCAGUCAGAGCUGGAAGAGUGGAUUGAACGCAGGGAUUUAAUGAAAAUGAAGUUUGCCAAAGCCAGGAAGGACAUGCUGAUCGCACCAGACGACAAUGAUUUUGGCAAAUACAGUUUUUUGAUGAAGGACUUAAAUUAAUGGAUAAAACUGGUUCAAUUUAAUUGUUGCUGCAACACUUUUAAAUUUUAAAGAGAAGAAAAUUGCUUUUGGUAAAAUGAUGGGUACAGUCCUGAACCGUGACCUUAUUACACCGAGGUAAUCCCUGUUGCCUUGCGCGCUGCGUUUUUCUCUCGUGUUUAAAUGCAGCUGUAACAAAGGCAGGAGCAGCUUUAAAUUGAGACAGAAAAGAAAGUGCUCACAGCUGUUACAGAUGUGUAGGAUGUUCCUGGGGUUAGGCAGGGUGGGAGGCGAGGGUUUGGGGUUCUGUGUACAGUGUGACGGAUUGAUUUGUGAACCUACGUUACAUUUAUACCCACAGGGACAGUUUUAUGAAUCUAUGAGAAGCUGAGCUGAGCCAUUGUGACUAGAAUCUCGAGGAUAAAUGCACUGAAUUAGCUGACAGCAAAUGGUGUGACCGUAUAGAGGAAGGAACUCCAAUGGCAUGAGGGACUGAGGGACCAGGAUUUCUCCUGAUAGGUAACCCCCGAUAUUUAGUUCCUAGUCUGUAGCACACCAUUAUGACCAUCAAGCAGUGAGAAACAAGUACACUGACCAUAGACAGUGGGAGGGCUUUUCCCUGUGAUAGGGCAGAAAGUUUGCAAUAACCUAAGUUGAAGAAUCAGUGAGAAAAUUAACUCCUAACUCUGUUGACAUGAGAAACGGCAGAAUGGCUUACAUUAUCACUCUUUUAUGUAUUUAUCUUCCUGUAGCAGAGCUAUUUGGAAAACAACUUGUUGUAGCCCACCAGAGCUGUUGAUGUGCAGUUGAGCAGUCGGUCCAGUGAUAAUGCUGAAUAAACACUGUUACUGGAAGAUCUCAGCAGGUCUGGCAGCCUCUGUGAAGGAAAAUAACAGUUAAUGUUUCGGGUCCCUUCCUUAGAACUGAGGAUUGGUAACUGGACCUGAAACAUUAACUUUUCUUUUCUUCACAGAUGCUGCCGAACUUUUGUUUUUGUUCCUGAUUUACAGCAUCCACAGUUCUUUUGGUUUUUAUUCAGUGACAAUGCUGAACUGAGUCUGCGUCUGCCCAUUGCGUCUGUUGCGUUGCGUUCACAAAAUAGAUAGGGCAGUUUCUACAAGGUUUCAACUAAUGCACUGCCCUGUCGCCCCUCUCCCAUUUCCAUCCCUGUAGUUGCCGAUAUCCUCCUACAUCCACACAUGCGGGUUGUUAAUUCUUAAUGUGUGAGCCCAGGCUCUGAGGUUAGGAGAAUGUAAAGCUGGUUACUGUAUUCACCAUGUACUUGUACAUGUGUCGUGGAAGAGCAGAGAGAAUCCACUGAGUAACAACUGGGUGAAGAAACUCCGCUCAAUUAGUUUUAAUCUCCCUCCGCUCACCCCCCACCUAUGCCAGUGACAUUGAGGCUUGAAGCAAAGUAUUGUCAGCACAAGAUCCACCUAAUCCAGGCCAUGACUUCCCCUGGUCCUAACUGAGUCGUGUGUUGGUUAUAUCAACUGGGUCAUGAAGCAAGUUUUGGUUCAUUGAACAGAAAGCUCGUGAUAUAAAUCACAGUUUUAAUCAUUGAAGCUAGAGGAAGUAAAGGUGACUUUUUGAAAGGAUGAAUUAAAUGAACCAAAAUAUCUUUAUCUUCCAAUUGUACCUGUUGGUGUAAAUAAAAAGGAAAUGGGAGGAGAGGGAAUGUUCUCAAUCAGGAACGUUUCUCCCUUCCACCACUCCCAUCCACCAAAGGCACUUUCUGUUUUAAGUUUGCUUGGCUUGUUCUGAUUAACUUUUACAACUGGGAAAUGCAAGUCAAUUUGUACCGAAGAAUAUAUCAUAAAAGAUCAUUUAUUUCUUUCAACUGGUGUUAGAAGUUCAGGAUGCAGCUGUUUGUGUGUCCCUCUGUCUAUAUCUCGUUUUUCUCUCUCAUUAACUUCAACUUGUGUUCUUUGCCAAAAACCAGCCAAGUCUCCCUGCCUCUCCGAACAGUCCAUUCUGUAUAUUCACUGCUUCUAUGUAAGGUUCCAUACAAACCUCAUUCUGUCUUUCCUUAUCUCAAUCUAUUAGCAUAUCCCUCUGUUUCUUCCUCCAAUUCGUGUAUUCAUAACAUCUAUUCUAUUUGCCUUCAAAAUAUGCUAUGUGAAAGUGAGUUCCACGUUUUGAUCACUUGCACAAAAAGAUUUCUCCAAAGUUCAUUUCAAUUCAAUAAUGUAUUUUUAUAUUUGAGAUUGAGGAUAAGACUUUACAAAAGUGGAAAUAUUCUUUACUACGUCAGCCCGGUUGCAUUCUUUGUCAUUUACCUAUUCCCACCUGGAGCUAUUCCAUUCACCUUUCAUUAUGCACAUUAUUUUAAAUUGGGUCACCUUGAAACCAUAUAUUUUUUGAGAGAAAAGAGCUAUCUGUGAAACUACAGGUGCAAAUUGAUACAUUAUUGUACACCCAUUGCCUGUAAACACUAUUGCUCAGUUCUUCCAAGUCAAUGUUCCCACUCCUCUCGCUGUUUCAUUUGCACCACUCCCAUCCUAUUGAUUCAAAGUGAAAUGUUAGGACUUAAGUAUAAUCCAUAUUUUUAACUGCUUGGUGCAUUUAACUCUCGCUCGUUCACACUCUCUGACCCAAGGCUGUCUUAAUCUAGACCAAACUAAUACAUGGUGCAGUGUGAAAUGAUGUUGUUGGAUAUUUAUAACGUCGUGUUCUAGAGAAUGUAACAUUACAGAAGAAUCUAAUAUUUCAUGGAGUAGUGUAGACAAUGCAGUGUGAGGAAUGAGGAACUCCUUCAGUGCUAAACCCUUCGCCGAACUGGAAUGUCUCAUUGGUAGAUGAACAGGAGGCUGGAAGAGCACAGCAAA